AUGUCCGUCGCCCAGUCCAUGAAGCACAUCAACAACCUCGAGCGCAAGCUCGGCAAGGCCAACAAGAUCGCCGCCAAGGGGUCCGACAUGAAGCUCAGCGAUGUCCUCAAGUUGCAGAGCAAGAGCAACGCGAUCUGCUCCGAGAUCAAGAAGUCCAUGGCGGAGUACGAUGGUUCCGAUCCAACCCAGGAGGAGAGCAGGGCCAUCCUGAGCAAGAUGCAGCACAUUGUUGAUUUGACCGAGGACCAGCUCAAACAGCUCAUCGCCGCUCAGGCUCGGUUCAACGAGCUACGCAUUGGCGGCAUGGUCAAGCGCAACAUCGGCAAGACCGACACCGUCAGCAAGGAACUUUCAAAUCUGCUUCAGUCCAAGGCCCCGGCGGACAUGAAGGCGGAGGCCGACGCGCUCGAAGCGCGCCGGGCGGCUGCCUUUGAGAAGGCCUGCAAGGUGUUUGCCAAUGCUCAAGGUGGCGAGGAGAAGGCUGACGAGGUCGGAGAGGACUCUGACUAA